AAACCGUUUAUCUAGUAACAAUUUUUCUAAUCGUUUUAACAAAGUGUCUUUGUUUUUUGUUUUUUAUUUUAUUUUUAUACUCAAAGUUGAUUACACAAAACUGUUGCAGAUAAUUAGCUGGAUAUAAACAGAAACCUCCAAUCCCACCUUGGAAAAAAAAGAAAAAAAGAAACCUCCAAUCCCACCACACCGUAUACCUUUUAUCCACCAUUAUCUUUUAACAAAGUUGUGAAUGGUUACACUUUUAACUUCGACUUCGUUCUACAACACCAAACUGAACCCAGUGCAGCCAGCAAAACAAAGCAAAUGAAUCAUUUUAAAGAGAGAUUUUCCACCACCCACCAAAAACGUGUGCCCCACGCAAGUAUUGGGAGAGGCGGGUAUCGAGGUUUUCCUUCUAGAUGGUUUCGGUGGAACAUCGAUAUAAAUCAUUUUGCUUUCUUUUUGCUUCUAGAAGGGCGUGCUGGAUUAUUUUUAGCAUGCCCUUUGGUUUUUUCGGUCCUUCUAGAAAAGACUAAUGACAAAUGCUUCAACCAGUUACCUUCUCCUUUAUGAAGGAGCGCCUUCAAUUAAGUUAGAACUAGAAGAAGCGAAGCCCACCGUAAUUUAGUGUCAAACAAGACAACCCACGUCCUCCCACUUCAGUUUUCCUGUUGGUAAGUGUCUGUAUGUCUGUGUCUAUCUUCUGUAUGUAUGUAUAGGAGGAUCAGCACCAGCUUCUGGGGGUACCAACCCAUGCUUUCUUUCCUAAACAUUAUGGACGUCAGAAAUCAUCUUGUGGAUGUCUCUUCUUUCUUUCUCUUUGAAGCCACCGGGGACUCCCAAGAUAAUUGUGAUCCCGCCGCCGAAGGUGACGUUGGCCACGUCGACAUUGCCAUGGCCGACGAUGAUGCAGAAUCGUUUAGCUAUGAUAUGUUCGAUGCUCUUAGAGAUAACGAGCUCGAAGAUUGUGAUCCUCAAGCAUUUGUUCUUCAUGAAUCAUCUGACGACGAAGAUGACGACGCUGGUCGUGAGGAGGAGGUGGAGGAAGAGGAGGCCCAUAGCUGCCAAACAUGGAAUAGUGAACAUAAUUGGAAUCCAACAGGCCACCAGAAAUCUGGUGCUUCCGUCGAUUCAAGAAAAGAUCAGUUGAUGACAGAAGCGGAGAAGAGCAGGAGGUUCUGGGAGGCAUGCUUGGCUUCUUAAGUCUUGAGUCUACUUUUUCCAGUCUUAUUCAUACGUCUAGUUCCUGGUAUUUUCUUUCUUUUUUCUCUCUUUCUCUCUCUAGCUCUUGGUGUGUUUUUAAGGAGAAACAGGACAGGUAGGGGGUGGUGGUGGUUUGUUGAUCUAGAUUAGGUUUUAUUACAAUUGUACAUAACUUGUGCCAACAGAUAGUUUGAUACGAUAACAAUUGCCAUCUAACAUUCU